GGCAGCCCCGGCGGUGGAGCGGAGAGACGCGCGGCGCGGACCGGCACAGGGACGCACGCAGCCGACCCCUCCUCGCUUCAUCCCCAAGGACGCUUCGCCACCGUCGCAUCACCUCUCGCUUUCGGCUUGCGCGCACCGAGCCGACAUGAUGUAUCAGGGCUUCGCCGGAGAGUACGAGGCUUCGUCCUCCCGCUGCAGCAGCGCUUCCCCUGCCGGGGACAGCCUCACCUAUUACCCCUCUCCGGCGGACUCCUUCUCGAGCAUGGGCUCGCCUGUCAACCCGCAGGACUUCUGCACCGACCUGGCCGCCUCCAGCGCCAGCUUUGUGCCUACGGUGACGGCUAUCUCCACCAGCCCCGACCUGCAGUGGCUGGUGCAGCCCACUCUCAUCUCUUCAGUGGCCCCCUCCCAGAGCCGCGGGCACCCCUACGGCGUCUCGGCGGCCGCCCCCACCACCUCCUACUCCCGCCCCGCAGUGCUGAAGGCGCCGGGCGGCCGCGGACAGAGCAUCGGCCGCCGGGGCAAAGUCGAACAGCUGUCCCCGGAGGAGGAGGAAAAGAGAAGGAUCCGCCGGGAACGGAACAAGAUGGCAGCGGCCAAGUGCCGCAACCGGCGGCGGGAGCUCACCGACACGCUGCAGGCGGAGACCGACCAGCUGGAGGAGGAGAAGUCCGCGCUGCAGGCGGAGAUUGCUAACCUGCUGAAGGAGAAGGAGAAGCUGGAGUUUAUCCUGGCGGCUCACCGGCCCGCCUGCAAGAUGCCCGAGGAGUUGUGCUUCUCCGAGGAGCUGGCAGCUGCCAGCGCCGCUACCGCGCUGGACCUGGGCACCCCCAGCCCCCCCAUGACCGAGGAGGCUGCCUUUGCUCUGCCGCUGAUGCCUGAAGCGCCGCCGGCCGUGCCGCCCAAGGAGACCGGCAGCAGCGGGCUGGAGCUCAAGGCUGAGCCCUUCGACGAGCUGCUCUUCUCCACGGGGCCGCGGGAGGCCUCCCGCUCUGUGCCCGACAUGGACCUGCCUGGGGCCUCCUUCUACCCGUCGGACUGGGAGUCGCUGACUGCCGGGACCAGCGGUGAGCUGGAGCCCCUCUGCACCCCUGUGGUGACCUGCACCCCGUGCCCCAGCACCUACACCUCCACCUUCGUCUUCACCUACCCCGAGGCAGAGGCCUUCCCCAGCUGCGCUGCCGCGCACCGGAAGGGCAGCAGCAGCAACGAGCCCUCGUCCGACUCCCUCAGCUCCCCCACCCUGCUGGCUUUGUGAAGGGCUCCAGCACUGACUGACCUGCUGGGCCCCCUCCCCUGCCCACGCACCCCCACGGACUUGCAGCUGUGCCCCAUGGGGCUCCCCAGGCCUGGGGAGGGCCCUGCCACCGCCACCCCCUGUCUGGCCUGGCGCCCCGGGGCCUGGCAGAGCGUCAUGCACCGAGGUCUCUUACCUCUUCCAGAGAUGUAGCAAAUCGCAUGGAGUUUGUCUUGUCCCCAGUGGCCCAUCCAUGAGAGCUGGUAGUCUGUAGCAUGUCCCACAUGGCUGGGUAGGUGACUCCCUCCCCUCCUUAGUAUCACUAGCAUUAACUAAUUAAUCUCUUGGUUUUAAAUGAUUGGAAUUUAACCUGGUGCUGGGUAUCUCCAACUCGUAUCUAGUGCAGCUGAUUAACAAUAACUACUGUGUUCCUGGCAAUAUCGUGUUCUGAUGACUUAGCAAUGACCCAUCUUAUGUGGGGGGAAAGAGACUCUAUUUUAUUUUCUAGUAGGUAGAUAAAUAGCUAUAUCCAUGUACUGUAGUUCUACAUUGAUGUUCAUUGUAACUUUACUGAUCAUGCAUUGUUGAGGUGGUCUGAAUGUUCUGACAUAAGUUUUCCAUGAAAACGUUUUUAUUGUGUUUUUAAUUUAUUUAUUAAGACGGAUUCUCAGAUAUUUAUAUUUUUAUUUUAUUUUUUUCUACCUUGAGGUCUUUUUUGACAUGUGGAAAGUGAAUUUGGAUGAAACUUAAGCAUUGUUUGCUUAUUAUUGUUCAGAGACAUUGUCAAUAAAAGCAUUUAAGUUGACUACUGGAGCUGUCCUUGUGUUGCCUUUUGCACUUGCUUCCUUGCGACCUCAAAGGGAUUCUCUAGCCUCUAAUUUUGUCUGGGCUUUAUAAACUGCAGACACCUGCAAUCUGCCUGAGACUAAGGGUGGUAAUACCAUUUAGGCCAGCCCUGUCCUUGUCCUGGUGCUAGUCAGGGCUGGCUGUGGUUACACCCAUUCCGGCAGGCGCCAAGGUCACUCCCCAUGGCCUUUCCCAGCUGAGCUGUCU